UCCCCAACGCAUAAUAAAUUAUUACAUUCAUUCAAAUUACUCUCACCUUGAACGUUAUAUCACAUAGAAGUAAGAAGAGAUGUGAAUAAACUCAGUGUUCAUAGAGUCAGUGUUUUGAUUGUCAUACUCUUAGAGUCUAAACUACACAUUAUGUCUGAUUGGAUGCAUACGUGCUUCUCAAUGAACAAUGAACCAACAAACUUGUCAAAGUGGAAGUAGAACCGUUGUCAAAAAACUCGCUAAAAGUUGUUUAUUCUCACCAUAGUUUGAAUAACUUCUGUGUUUAUUCAUAACAUAGUUCAAACAUUGUCAUUUCAAUGGAAAAUACUAUUUCUGUGGAAACGUACAUGUCGAAGCUAACUCUAACGUCAGUGUAUGAUAUGAAAAUGAUCAUAUCAGGUGAUUGUGGUUGUUGAUGCACUUUGCGAUAAUAUUUUUAGUUUAAUUUUCAAUAACUCCAGAAUUGGAGUUAUCCAGACCUACACAACUGAUUGUCUGAACUAUGAAAGUUACAAGACAUAUGAAUGAAUAGAAGUGACAUACAGUGGGCAGUGUUUACUUUAUUUGACUGGCUGAAAUCAGAUUGAUUCUGACUCGUCUAAUUCACUCAUUCCGUGUGUGCAUGUUUCGAGUGAUGAGUGUUUCAGGUUAAUAAGGAAUCUGAAAGUAAAGUCUUCAAAGUAAUAAAUUGUUAUUGUGAUAUUGUGCUGUAAAAUAUUCUUAAGUUAUAAAGAGGAGUUUAUUGGUUAGAGUGAUUCAGCAACUGGUGUCAAACGCACUACUGGAAUUCAUCGUAAAAAUCUUUCAUCCGUAUUGAUGAAGAAAUCGUUAGUUGCUGCAUUGUUACCCACUUCUUCUAACACAAUCUCAACUGAAUUUGUUGCUGAGAAUAACUCAUUUUUACUCAGAAGUGGAAAUUCCGACUGGCUGUUGACUGUCUUAUCGACAGUUUGUAUAUUGUGUGCCGGUAUUUUGUACUACAUUUUACUGCUGAGUGUGACUGUCCGCUCAAGAUACCCAACAAACUACAUUUUGAUGGGAAUAGUGGCCAUUCUAACUACUGUGGGUGUCAUUAUUGCAUACCCUAAAUACGACAUAGUAUUUGCACUAAAGUGCUUCAGUUUGACAGCUGUGAUUUCACUGUCGGUGAUAGCAUUAGGUUUCAGAAUGGGGAUGUUGACUAGAUCAGGAUUAAUUCUGUUUAUUUCAUUGGAAGUUGUUUUUAGCUUGUUCGGAGUCAUCCUGAUUUCUAUUGGAAUAGCGGGUGUAACUCAGACACUUCGACCAACCAGCUAUAUGUUACAUUCAGAAUUCACUGGCCAGCUUGGUUAUGUCAUGGAAGGAUUGUACACGGGAGAAAAUGUAUUCUCCACAAUGCUUCAUGACAAAAAUAUUGACUGGAAUUCAUCUGAGGAGAUGUCUUCGGCAAAAAAGUAUCUCUUAAUCGCUGGGGAUUUCUGCUUGAUUGUAGCUACACUGAUCAUUUUAUUCGUCACAUCAAUCGAACUGAAGUUUCAUUUGAAUCAUGCGUUUAAGAAAUAUUAUUUGAUAUUCGAUGCCUUGACAAUUUGGAUGGAAAUCCUACUUUUAUAUUUACAAAUAUCUGAGGCUUAUUGCCUUACUCAGUAAAGAACAGCUGACUGGUUACAAGUGAAAUGCAACAAUGAGGCACUACUAUACAGAAAUAAAAAGAAUUUAAAAUAUCAUCACAGUGAAUUCCCUCAUAAUGAAAAUAAAUUACAGCCAUAUACCUGUUAACCACCACUGAAUUUUGUCAAUUUUGUAGUUUUCACAUCUUAAAAUAUAGACACUUCAGUUG